AUAUUAGCACGUGAGGUAAACAAAAAACAGUUUUUAAAAAGUUAGUCAUGAAUUUGUUACCAAAAUCACACGAGGAAUUCGCGCAACCAGAAUACUGGAAUUCCUUCUUCACAAAACGCGGUGAGAAGGCCUUUGAAUGGUAUGGCGAAUAUUUGGAAUUAUGCGAGCAAAUACACAAAUAUGUAAAGAAUACAGAUCAAAUUCUAAUGCUGGGUUGUGGUAAUUCACAGCUUAGCAUGGAUAUGUACGACUCAGGUUUUAGAAAUAUAACAAACAUUGAUAUUUCAACGGUGGCAAUUAGAAAAAUGUUAGAAGUAAAUGCUCAUAAACGUGAGAGUAUGAAAUUUCUGCAAAUGGAUGCGACGCAAAUGACUUUUGAGGACGAAUAUUUUUCCGUUGCUUUAGAUAAAGGCACAUUGGAUGCGCUUUUUGUUGACGACACACCGGAGGUACACGCAACCGUGGAACGCUACUUCAAUGAAAUCAAACGUACUAUGCGCAAUGGUGGGCGUUACUUGUGUAUAACCCUACUACAAGAACAUAUAUUGAAAUAUAUUUUAGAUUAUUUCCCACGUAAUGGUUUUAUGUUACGUGUGGUACACUGUGCCGAUGCAGAUCGUGCCAAUCAGGAAAAGAAUGCAGAUAAUCCUGAUGUUAUGCCAAUGCCUGUCUUUAUUGUUAUUGCAACCAAAUUCAAGGCAUUACCAAUACCGAUAUUGGAAUUUAGCUUGGGUAAGGACAAAAUGCAACGUUUACCAAAUGUUCAGGAGUUGAAAAAUGCUGUGACGGCUGUACAAAGAGCGGCGUUGAUAUGCAAUGGUUUAGCUCGCACAAAUAUUGCAGGACAUGAAGAGGUUGUAAUGGAUUUGUGUCAACCUGGCGAAUCUACUCGGCGUUACACAGUCCAUGUCCUGGAUCAACCACCGGCAAGGGGUUUAGGUAAAUUUGCCGCAUUCAUUGUACCUCAGGGCAGAGAGAUUGAAUGGCUCUUUGCCACAACUCAGGGCCGUAGAAAAUUACACAGUUCCGCGAAAUUUCAGCGCCUAGCAGUUGUGACACUUCAUCGCGAUCAGGAAUAUGUGUCAUUGGACACAGUUAAGUGUGAACUUGCAGAGAGCAUCAAGAGCCUAGCGCCUAUUGGUCUAACGGAGCAGAUUCCUUUCCUAUCUCUAGGCGCUGAUGUUGGUAAACGUGAAACUCUAGUAAGUGGUUUUUCCCAAAUAUCCGGCGAUUUUCGCAUUGAGGAGGUGGAGGGUAACGAUGGAAAAAUAUUUCGGCGUCUGAUCUUCCUCAGUAAUCAAUUUGUAGUACAAUCAGAAGCUUUGGUCAAGACAAUAAAACUGAAGGGUAAAAAGGAGCGUAAGAAAAUUGAUUUCGGUUAUUUGGCAUGUCAACAUCAUUUAUAUAUGUCUGCUGGUGUACAAUUGGCCAUUGGUUCAAAAAAUGCUGCCAAUGAGGUCAAAGAUGUGGUAGUGGUGGGCCUAGGCGGUGGUGGUCUCUGCAGUUUUCUACAUGCAGCUGUGCCUAGUGUGCGGUUGACAGCAGUUGAAAUAGAUCCCAUCAUGCUGGAAGUGGCAGAACAGUAUUUUGAAUUAAAGCAAGAUAAUCGAUUUCAUGUAGUAAUCGAUGACGGCUUGUCCUUUUUAGAAACUUGCAAAAAUGAAGAGAUCAAAUUCAACGCCGUGCUGUUUGAUGUAGACAGCAAAGAUCUUUCGCUUGGCAUGAGUUGUCCGCCAAAAAGUUUUCUUGAACCGACAGUGCUAAAUAACAUUAAGUCAAUUAUUGGCGAUAAAGGCUUAUUCAUAUUGAAUUUGGUUUGUCGUGAUGAAGCGUUGCGGGACGAAGCCUUACUACAACUACGCAGUGCUUUCAAAUCGGUUUGUUGUUAUAAGCUGGACGAGGAUAUAAAUGAGAUUAUUUAUUGUUCAAAUAAUGAAAAGUACAAAAGUAUAGCGGAAUGGAAGAAAGAUUUGGGCGCUGCUGCUCGGCGCUUAAAUAAUGCGGCAAAAGAGCAGAAUUUGCAUAAGGAAGAAAUGUUAGAGGUUACGGAGUUUUUAAAUGAAUUAAAGAUUUAAAUUAAAUAUUUUAAUACAAAAUUGGUUAUAAAGUGAGAAAUGUGAAAUUUUGAUGAAGUUUGUUAUGAAUUAUAAUAAAAAAUUGAAACAAAGUCGCUUUAAAGAG